UUGCAAGUGGACGAACGUGUAUGACGUGAUUAUUUCCACGUUGGAAGUCACUUGAAGUGCGAAGUAAUUUGAGUAACAUAUUUUGUAAACAUUUGUUUAGUGUAUAACAGUUUUUACAUAUUCUUCAAGAAUAAGUGUUUCAACACAUCCAAAUAAAACCAUAUUCUUUAUCGCAAAUGCAAAAUACGAAUGUUGUUACGGCUUUAGCAUUUCUCAUUGAGCUCGUAAGGCGUAAGGGUAGUACUUGACAUCGUUGUGAGACGUAUGCAGGCGGUGAUGGUACGGUGUUAAUGAGAUGCCGUUGUAGCCUGCGACAUGUCCGGGCGCAUGAUGUACAAGAAAUCGCACUUUCCAUAAUUCAUGUGAUUGUAAUAAGUGUGCUAGACAGUUUAUUGGAUUUUAUAGCCGCGCGUCUGUAUAACUUCGUAACCAUUAUAAAAGUUUUAACACUUAUCAGUACGUAUUGCUGAAGAAGUGGGACAAUGUCAGUGCCUACAGACUUAAGUUUGAUGGAUUUUUUAGUCGACAGAGAAGAUCCGAUUCUCAUCUCGGAUAAAGAUUCAGUUAGCAGAAGUGAUCAGAAAGAUAUUGAAGCAAUGAUUACAGAAGGCUGGCCAACAAAUCCAGAUGAGUUCUUGGAUUCCAUUCUAAAAUUUGAGAACCACCCAUUCGAAAUAUUGGAUGAUAGCGAGCUUCUGUCUGCUGCAUGUACAGUGGAAGCAGAUAUACCAGCAUCUGCCAGUAGUUGCUCUGACAGUGGUGUCUCAAGUGACCAACAGCUGUCACCCAUGUUAUAUGAGGUUGAAGAUGAUGAUAGAGGAGAUCUGUUGUCUUCCUUGUCCAGUGGUAGUGAAGGUAGUCCAUUGGAGGCAUCUCAUGUAUACAGUGACCAUGAGACCUCAGUACAAGAGGAUGUUGAAAUAGAUUCUUCAUUGGAGGCAUCUCAUGUAUACAGUGACCAUGAGACCUCAGUACAGGAGGAUGUUGAAAUAGAUUCUUCAGUUUUCAGUAUCCUCAAAGUAGAAGACAACCAAGCCAUUAUUAGUAUGAAUGUGUUGUCUUCACCACAGCAAAGUGAAACUGCAACACAUAACUUCCAAAACAGACAUCUCAAGACCACCAGUACUCCUUUACGCCAAUUGAUCCAUGUCACACCGGUGUCUGGCAAUCCUCGAUCCAUUCUCUUGCCACUAAGUCUCAAGGACAUGAAGGACAUCAAAGCAAUUAAAAUCAUCAAUGCAUCUCACCAAAAUGUCACAAGAAGACAGAAAUCUGUAGCUGGAAUGCAUGUUACAACUGGUAACAGAGCAGCUUUACAAACCAAACCAAUUCUUGUCAAGAGUACUGCUCCACAAGAUGACAUCAUGAGCACCAGUUCUUCUAAAGGAAGCAUGUCAGAAGAAACAUGCGAUGACUCAGAUUCACAGUAUCCAAGGCUCCAGUUAACAUCUGAAGAAAAGAGACUCCUACAAAAAGAAGGUGUCAGACUGCCUUCCCAUUAUCCUCUCACAAAGCAUGAAGAGCGUGAGCUUAAAAGGAUCAGAAGAAAAAUUCGUAACAAGAUAUCAGCACAGGACUCUCGCAAGAGGAAGAAGGAAUACAUAGAUGGCUUGGAAGAACGGGUAAAACAGUGCACUGAAGAAAAUCUACAUUUAGUGAAACGUAUCAAAGCUCUGCAGACACAAAACCAAACUCUGGCAACACAGCUCAAGAAACUACAGUCUGUGUUGGCCCGUGGAACGGCAAAAACAGCACAACCUGCCACUUGCCUCAUGGUGCUUCUGCUUUCCAUGGCCCUCGUAAUGGCGCCCAAUUUGCGACUGAAUCAGAGUUCACCCUCAAACUCUGACAGUCAGAAGGAUCAAGACCUGUCACAACCAGAAGAUAAAAUGACACCUCUUGCAGGCCGUUCAAGAAACCUGUUAGAAUUUGCUAAGUCACCAGUCACUGAGGAUGACAGCAUGAAGAGUGUGGAUCAGGAUGAUGAAGCAAAGUUCAUAUCUGAUAUGGCUGAACUUCUGCACUUCAACAAUCCUCUGGUGGGUGACCAUGAUUAUGAACCUCCACCACUAAAGCGCUCUCGUAUAGAUGAUAAAGUGGAGGAUAUCAAGCCAUCACUGCUGUCUUCAGGCAAAGACUACAUUAUACCACCAUCAGACGAAAUCUGGCCACCACCGCCAACACCUGGAGAUAGUCGUGUCAGUAGCAUGAUUGAGAAGGCAAUGGGAGAGGAGAUGAUGGUUAACAUUUCAGAUGCUGGCGGGAUGAGAACAGUGGUGCUCCAAGUACCUAAAGAACAAUAACUAUGUGCAUCCAAAACAAGACACCUUAUUUCGGGUGCUUUUAGUUUCAGUUUGCAAAGUGAGGGUUUCAGUAUUCAUUUCAUUUGCCAUUAUGGAUGAGAAUUAAUGUCAGCUGUAACAAAUUAUAUCACUAUGGAACUUCCUCACCCAGUGUAACAAAAUGCUUAAGCUGUUUAUAUGAUAAGAAGGCAUAAUUUCUGUUUGGGCAAAUGAAAGCAUUGAAAAUUUGUUCUCCAGAUAGGGAAUUUCUAUUGAUGUUCCUUGUUUGAAUGCUUGUAGAAGCAUAGUAGAAGGCUGGCCAACAGACUUCCCUUUAAAAGUAGAGUAAUGCUAUAUUUGAGAUAAGUAGUGAAUAGAUUGUGCAGGAUGUGGAAUCAUUGUGUCCUUUGUAGUUGCAGUGAAAUAGUUGAUUUAAUGUAGUAGUAGAUUUUUGUUUUAUGGGAAUUUGUUGAAUAAACUUCACAUGGUCGAGUGUUUUUCUGUUGUAUAUGGGUUCUGCAGUUUAUAUAUACAUGUAUAAUGCAAUUACUGCUAAUCAAUUUUACCUGCACUUUCAUUCAAGCUGUAUCACCUUUAGUCAUUUGCCCCAACAUGUAUGUCAUGUAAUUGUGUUUCAUUUUUAAUAAAUGGUCGGAUGUGAAUGAUUUA